ACAUGAGUGGCAGCGGCUACGUUCGCGCUGCCACUGUACUUGACAAGCCAGAGCACCUGCCCGUCAACCUCGGAACGGUCAACGUGCACUUACCUCGUUCUUUAGUGGAUGAGGCUCAUCUGCAGUCGUUGAAGGCAAUUUAACAGCAACAAUCACAUCUUUUUGAACUGCACGGAGAGCAAAGGCGCAAACCACUGGCCGCCUUCUCUGAGGCUAUUGAGCACUAGUCAUCGACUGUGUCCAGCUGUGACGUUGUACCACUAGCAAUGACUCAAUCGCCAAAGUCACGCUCCUCGCACACUGCUGAUAUUUGACACUUGCGACAAGGUGGGAUCAAGUAACACUCGAUCGAUGUUCUCUUGUUCUAAAAGCAUGAGAUCGAGAAGAGCGUCCCCAACGAUGUGCAAGUGUUGCUGUCGAACUAUAGGCAACGAGAUGAGAAUCAUGCUGAAAGUGUAUGUGUUGUUGGGGUAUCAUCGUUCAGGAGGACGGACAAAUACUGCCGAGGCUGCUUCAUCGGUAGCAAUCGCCGACAUUGACGCGUGCCUUCCGGAAAUUCAAUCUCGUCGGCACGGGAGGGAACCGUUGGAACCUAUUUGCGCCAGCAAAACCACGACCCAACAUCGUCCUAGAAUCUCCUUUCCGCGUAAUCGUCUAUCUGUACUUGUGCCCCUGACUCUUCUUUCGCAUGGACUUCUCAUCGCCGGACACCGUGGGCGCGCAGACUGCGCAGCUUGGAUCUCUCAAAGCCCAAAGAAACAUGCCUUUGAGCCUGGCGCCCGAAGGUACCCAGAAAUUGUAUACGAGCGUAGAUCCACGUUUCGUCCUGGAUGUCUUGCAGCCUGUUCCUGUUUCAACUCUCUCUCCCAGAUCCUGGUGUUGAACAGGGUUGAGCGCAGCAAAGGUAAGGAUGGGAGGCCUAUCUCGAGCCGCAACAGCUGCGUACAUUUCCACACGCUCAACACCUGAGCGACCUUGAAGCUAGGUCGAGACAUGUUUACAGGUCCACAUCGCGGAUGCGCUGGAAAGAGGCAGAGAUUUUUGGUAUGAGCGUCUUACCA